UAUUAUAAAUAAAAGAAAUAUUUAUUAGAACUGAAUAACAAUAUUCCUGAUGAAGACGAGUCAUAUGGAAGUGAUUAUGACGUGAUAUAAGUGAAUUCAAUGAUAUUGACAUAAGUCAUUCAAGUCAAAUCGACAAAGAUUUUAUGGAUGAAGUUUUAAGUGAAUCAAUAUAUCAUGAAACCCCUUCAAUGAUAUCUGAUGAAAACACCUUCAAAAAAAAAGUCAUCUCUAAUUAAUGAUGAAGUUUUUACGUGUCAAACGUUAUGUGAUACUAGUGAUAAUGAGAAUUCUAUAAAUAAUUGUGAUGUGUCAUCACAAGUCAUCGAUGCUACAGAUAAAGCUGAUGAUAGAGCUCAUUCUCUACAAGAAAAGACAUUUCCAUUAAGUGAUGAAUUGCCUUCACCUGAACAAAUGAGAAAUGCUAGUAGCAUGAGAGAUUGUGAUUCUAGUUAUGAUGUGUCGUUGCCAAUGAUCGAUACUGAAGAUGAAGAUUACGUGCCAACGAGUGAGGUCAGUCAACAGAAUAAACAGGAUGUAAUAAUUGAGCCAAAUAAUGAGUCAGUUGUUAUUCCUGAUCCAUCUAUUUCUUCUGGUGCAAGAAAUCCAGAAGAAAUGUAUGUAGUACCAUUAGGUGACAAAAAGAGACGAGACUUCUGUUACUAUUGCCAUACUUUCCUAUCUGUAAUUAGUCGACAUGUAGAAUUGAAGCAUAAAGACCAACCAGAGGUAAAAGCAUUUGCAAUGAUGCCUAAAGGUAAAAUUGCGUAAAUUCGCAUAGCAUGUGAAUAGAUCAACACAUAGAGACCAGAAUAUUGAUCAUUAGUCUUUGUAGA